CUUCUUCUUUCUUCGAGAGAGUGAUUUGGUUUGGGUAAAAAUGGCGGCUAAUGGAGCAAGAAGAACCCUUCAAAUCCAUUUAUCUCUCAAAACCCUUUUGUCCAACUCAGCUCCAACAAAAGCUGCUGCCUUCAUUAAACCUUCCUCUUCUUCCCGAUUCUCUCCCCACAAACUUAGGCUUCCCCUCGAGCUGGGUGCUGCACAAUCCUUGCUGCCAAUGCAUAGCGUUACAGCCUCCGCCUUGUUAACCUCGUUGCUAUCGCUGCAUAACCACUCCUGGGGUUGUCUAUCUGAAGGAUUUGCAACACCUCUAUAACAUGGCCUGCUGUUGACUCCUUUUACGGCUACCAUCAAGAUAAUCAUCGGCAGAUGUUUCACCGAAUAUUUAUCUUCACAAUUAAACUAAGGUUUCGAACACGGAUUUGUUUAUUCGAGUGAUCUGAUAUUCACUGCAUUUUUUGAAGUUCUGAAAGAAAUACAAAGUUGCUGGAUAACCGGCUUGUUUACACUAGUAUAUUUUGUGACCAGUUGAUGCUGCUAUGUUUUGCUUUAA